AUGCAACUGUCUAUUCAUGAAGCGGGAGUCCCGGCCUUCCGAUCGAAAAGUUUUACCAGGCCUCUGUCUCCUUCCUCUGCCUCCCUUCCUCUGCCCAUCUGGGCGAAGUUUACGCCGCCGGAGCAGGAAGGCCGCCACCAUCCCGCGAGCCAGGAAGCGGGGACCGGACCGUCCCCCGGCCGCAGGAGCGCCCGUCGCCGCUCCACCCGGGAGUCUCCCGUCGGACCACGAGCCGGAGCUUUCGUGGAGACUGGGACCGGAGCGACCCCCAGCUGCAAGGGCACCCGUCGCCCGACACCGGAGCCCUCCUCCGUCGGCCGAGGUUUGCGAAGGACGACGCCUAGAUCCAGGGGUGUCGUUCCUCCCGUGGCGGCUCAUCCUGGUGGACUUGCCGGACGAGAGGGUAACGAGGUGGCGAUUGGCGGACCCACGGCCUCGUCCGGUCACCACACGGGUCUCGCGCUCGACGCAGACAAGCGCCGACUGCGCCCAGCCUCGUUCUUCGCCGGCGCCACUGGGUCCGCUGCCGACGACGCCGCGGAAGCCACCAACGCCGUGUCAGCCUCGGCCGCUGAGUCCGCUGCCGACGACGCCGCGGAAGCCGCGAACACCGGGUCGACCGAGGAGCCCGGUACGGAGACAGCCUCCGAGCCUGCGGCCGUCAGCGCCGCCGCAACCAAGGGCGCCGGCGCGACCGCCGAGCCCUGUGGGAGAGCCUCCAGCGACAUCGGCUCGACCAUCAAGCCUACCCGCCGAGUCGGCGAGCUUGAUUAG